UUCUCUGACCGUCCCGCCGAGGCUGCCUCCCUUUCCAUGCUAUUAUGGCCAAUGAAGAAGAUGACCCAAUUAUACAGGAGAUUGACGUAUACCUGGCCAAGAGUCUGUCGGAGAAGCUUUAUCUGUUCCAGUAUCCUAUCCGCCCUGCUUCGAUGACGUACGACGACGUGACUCGUCUGUCGGCGAAGAUAAAACCAAAACAGCAAAAGGUGGAACUUGAGCUGGCCAUCGAUACUCUGAAUCCCAAUUACUGUCGGAGCAAAGGGGAGCAGAUCGCGCUGAACGUCGACGGGGGCUGUGCGGACGAGACGAGCACCUACUCCUCGAAGCUGAUGGAUAAACAGACCUUUUGCUCCUCCCAAACCACGAGUAACGUUUCACGGUAUGCUGCUGCUGUCUACCGAAAAGGUGAGAUCCACCUUACUCCACUACAUGGCAUCCUGCAGUUGAGGCCAAGUUUUUCCUAUUUAGACAAAGCCGACGCCAAACACAGGGAACGCGAAGCUGCUAAUGAGGCUGGGGAUUCUUCCCAAGAUGAAGCGGAAGAAGACGUCAAGCAAAUCACUGUGAGGUUUUCCCGGCCUGAAUCGGAGCAAGCCCGGCAGCGUCGGGUUCAGUCUUACGAGUUCUUGCAGAAGAGGCAGGCGGAAGAACAGUGGGUGCACCUGCAUUACUACGGUUUACGGGACAGCCGUUCCGAGCACGAGCGCCAGUAUUUAUUCAGCCAGGGUCACGGCAUGUCCGGGAACACCGAAUUGAUUAAAUCUCCAAGUGAGUAUCUGAUGAUGUUGGUGCCUCCGAGCGUCGAAGAAGAGAAGGAGAAACCAGUGGCCCCAAGCAACGUGCUCUCUAUGGCUCAGCUGCGAACGCUGCCCCUUGCUGACCAAAUUAAGAUCUUGAUGAAGAACGUGAAGGCCAUCCCAUUCGCCAACCUCAUGAGCCUGUUGAGUUCGGGGACGGAUCCCACCGCAGUCCUGCGCUGCAUACAGCAGGUGGCGAUGUUGGUGCAGGGAAACUGGGUGGUGAAGAGCGACAUCCUGUACCCAAAGGAUACCUCAAGCCCGCACAGCGGUGUCCCAGCCGAAGUUCUCUGCAGAGGAAGGGACUUUGUCAUGUGGAAAUUUACGCAGGAUCGUUGGGUGGUACGGAAAGAAGUGGCCGCCGUCACCAAACUCGGCCCGGAAGAUGUGAAAGACUUCCUGGAGCACAUGUCCGUGCUCCGGAUAAACAGAGGCUGGGAAUUCAUGCUCCCGUACGACGAGGAUUUCGUCAAGAAGCAUCCCGACGUGGUCCAGAGGCAGCAGAUGCUUUGGAUGGGCAUUCAGGCCAAGCUAGAGAAAGUAUACAGCUUGCCGAGAGAUCACAUGGUACCAAAGAAACAAGCGGCGCAAACUGCUGCCCCCUUGCUGGUGUCCGGGGAGCAAAGGGUCAUCUUGGCCAAGGCGAAGGUCAAGCAGAGCUACAGCCAAUUGGAGCAGGACUUGCAGAAGCGGAGGGCGGAGACCCAGGCCCACGAGGCCACCUCCCCGGCGGAUGUCCUCGGCGUCCGGAUCAAGGAGGAGCCCCUGAGCGACGAGGAAGCCAUGGACACGUCAGCUUGCGACGGCCUCCACAACCGUCUUUCCAACGGCAUCCAUUUGGAGGAGAACUCGGUGGACUCCUUGAAUGGCCACCUGGGGGGCCAGGCGAGAGUCUCGCAAGAACUUAGGGCCUUUGUGAUGGCGACCUUUAGGAAACAGUUUGUCCUCACCCUGCGGGAGCUCAAACGGUUAUUUAAUCUCCACGUGGCCAGCCUGCCUCCCGGGAAUCUCUUGUUUAGUGGCAUUUCAGACAAAAUGUUGCAGGACGUGGUAUUGGAUAUGGGCUGCAAACAAAUAACGGUGCCUUUUCCCCCACAGACUGCCACGCUGCCGGAUGAACAAAAAGUCUUCGCGCUUUGGGAAGCGGGCGAUGCCCACGAUCAGCAUCGGCAGAUUUUGCUUGAAGUUUUCUCCAGAAACUACCGAGUCCGUAGAAACAUCAUCCAGAAUCGGCUGGCCCGGGAAUUCGGUGAGGAUGUAGACAAGCAGGAAGUAGACAAAGUCUUGAAGGAUUGCUGUGUCAGCCAGGGAGGGAUGUGGUACCUUAAAGGAACAGUGCAGCAACAGCCGUCGUGA